CGUUGGUGUCUUGUCGUGGUUAAAGCUUAACAACAUUCGGAUACGUUUCUGAGUAGCAUGUGGAAAACAGACAGGUGGAAUUGUACUCUGAGAACUCUGGAUCUACAGGUGCUUGCUUGUACUUCAUUCCUUCAGACUUGAACGGCAGCAUUCAUCUCCUCGGAUCUUAAAGGCGACAUUAGCGCACCACAACUGAAGAGCUCACUGAACUUCAUCUUUUUUAUUCUUGUUACGCUGUAUACAUAGACCGUUCUACUAAUAACUCUGACACAACAAAGAGGAACUUGUGGCCGUGGUUUUGCCUGGGUGGAGGAGCCGCUCUGCGGUCGUCUGUCCGGCUACAGACGAGCCUGAUUCCUGAGAGGUGAUGGUGGGUGGCGGAACGGUCACUGUGCGCCCGCACAGGCGCCUGGACUGAAAGUCACAGUGCAAACAUGGAAUUUCUCAAGAGCCUCGUUCCCACGGCCAUCUCGGGGGACGGCGGCAUGCCGGCGACGGAUGCGGGGGGUGUGUGGUUGCGGGAUACGGGCCCUCGCUUGCUGAGGAUGAAACGUUUGGGGAUGCAGUCUGUCCCACCGGUCAAUGAAGAGGAGCAAGAUGCAACCACCCCGACCGGGCGUCCGGUCGUACGGCUUCAACGACACCGUGGCAAAGCCUCUGUCCCUGUAAGCAACAGCAGUGUGAGUAGGCGAGGAACUUCCCCCUCGGCCCCCCCAAGCUGGGAGAAGCGUUGCAACCAACCCGCCACCAUGUCCAGCAUCACCAUCGACCCCGAGCUCAAGCCCGGGGAAUUCGUCAUCAAGAGCCUUUUCGCAGAGUUCGCUGUGCUUGCCGAAAAGAAGAUCGAGGUGGUCAUGGCCGAACCGCUGGAGAAGCCCCUGUCCCGCUCACUGCAAAGAGGAGAAGAUGCACAAUUUGAUCAGUUAAUAAGCUCUAUGAGCUCCAUAGCAGAACACUGUUUGCCUUCGCUGUUGCGGACGUUGUUUGACUGGUACAGAAGACAGAGCGGAACAGAAGAUGAGUCGUACGAGUACAGGCCUCGCUCCAGCACCAAGUCUAAAGGAGAUGAACAACAUCGGGACAAAGACUUUCUCCUGGAACGAAGGGACUUAGCCAUAGACUUCAUUUUUUGUUUAGUUUCAGUGGAAGUUUUGAAACAGAUUCCACUUCAUCCAGUGCCAGACACCUUAGUACAAGAAGUCCUUAACCUGGCAUUCAAGCACUUUAAACACAAAGAGGGGUACUCGGGCCCCAACACUGGUAAUGUGCAUAUCAUUGCUGAUCUGUACGCUGAGGUCAUCGGAGUCCUCGCCCAGUCAAAGUUCCAGGCGGUGCGCAAGAAGUUCAUCACUGAGCUGAAGGAACUGAGGCUGAAGGAACAAAGUCCUCACGUGGUGCAGAGCAUCAUCACUCUCAUCAUGGGCAUGAAGUUCUUCAGGGUAAAGAUGUACCCCGUCGAGGACUUUGAAGCUUCUUUCCAGUUCAUGCAGGAAUGUGCUCAGUAUUUCCUUGAGGUGAAGGAUAAAGAUAUCAAACAUGCACUGGCUGGCCUGUUUGUGGAGAUUCUCAUCCCUGUAGCUGCUGCGGUGAAGAAUGAAGUGAAUGUGCCGUGCCUGAAGAACUUUGUUGAGAUGCUCUACCAGACGACCUUUGACCUCAGCUCAAGAAAGAAGCACUCGCUGGCGUUGUACCCCUUGGUGACGUGUCUGCUGUGUGUUAGUCAGAAGCAGUUCUUCCUCAAUAACUGGCACAUCUUCCUUCAGAACUGCCUUUCACACCUAAAGAUGCCGUCAAACAACAGCAUCCGUAAGCAGAUUGAGACCUUACAGAACAAAGACCCCAAAAUGUCUCGUGUAGCACUGGAGUCUCUGUACAGGCUGCUUUGGGUUUACAUCAUCAGGAUCAAAUGCGAGAGCAACACAGCCACACACAGUCGUCUCCUCAGUAUUGUAACAGCACUUUUCCCGAAGGGCUCUCGCAGCGUGGUGCCCAGGGACACACCCCUCAACAUCUUUGUUAAGAUCAUUCAGUUUAUUGCUCAGGAACGGCUUGACUUUGCCAUGAAAGAGAUCAUCUAUGACCUGCUGUGUGUGGGCAAAUCCCAUAAGACAUUCACCAUCAAUCCAGAGAGGAUGAAUAUUGGUCUGCGGGCCUUCCUGGUGAUAGCCGACAGCCUGCAGCAGAAAGACGGCGAGCCGCCCAUGCCAACCACAGGAGUCAUCUUACCCUCCGGAAACACGCUGAGGGUCAAAAAGAUCUUCCUCAACACCACACUCACAGACGAGGAAGCCAAGGGCAUAGGCAUGUCACUGUAUUACCCUCAGGUCAGGAAAGCUCUGGACAACAUCCUCAGACACCUGGAUAAAGAAGUGGGGAGGUCUAUGAGCAUGACCAGUGUUCAGAUGUCUAACAAAGAACCAGAGGACAUGAUCACUGGGGAGCGAAAACCGAAGAUCGACCUGUUUCGGACAUGUGUAGCUGCCAUUCCCAGACUGAUUCCAGACGGCAUGAGCAGACAGGAUCUCAUUGAGCUACUGGCCAAACUGACCAUCCAUAUGGACGAAGAGCUACGUGGUCUGGCGUUCACCACUCUGCAGGCUCUGAUGGUGGACUUCCCAGACUGGAGAGAGGACGUGCUGUCUGGCUUUGUGUAUUUCAUUGUGAGGGAGGUGACUGAUGUUCAUCCCACUCUACUGGACAAUGCUGUCAAGAUGCUUCUGCAGCUCAUCGUACAAUGGAGGCAGGCAGUGCAGAGCAACCGCAGUCAUGAUUCACAGGGUCCAUGUUUGCCGCUAGAGAGAUCUCCUCUCUGGACAGUUUUACAUGUGGUGGAGGGUCUGGCUCUGGUCGUUCUGUGUAGCUGUCGACCUGCAACACGGAGGCUUGCUGUCAAUGUCCUUAAAGAGGUCCGAUCACUGCACGCAGCCCUUGGCAUCGCAAAGGGAGAUGAGGAGUUGGCGAUAGAUGUGAUGGACAGAUUGAGCGCUUCAGUUCUCGAAAGCUUUAUCCACCUUACUGGGGCCGAUCAGUCAAAUCUGCUAUACUGCCCCAGUGGAAUAGAUCUUCAGACUUUGGCCGAGUGGAGCUCCUCCCCUAUCAGCCACCAGUUUGAUGUGGUAAGCCCCUCACACAUUUGGGUCUUUGCACAUGUGACGCAAGGUCAGGACCCCUGGGUGAUCAGCCUGUCCAGUUACCUGCGGCAGGAGCACCUGCCCAAACACUGUCCGUCGGCACUGAGCUACGCUUGGGUCUUUGCCUCCACACGCCUCCAGCUGCUCUCACCACAAGUCGACAUCAACAGCCCCAUCAAUGCUAAGAAGGUGAACAACAUGAGCAGUAGCAGUGACUCUUAUGUAGGGCUUUGGAGGAACUAUCUGAUCCUUUGCUGCAGUUCUGCCACUUCUUCAUCUUCCUCAUCAUCAUCCUCAUCGGCCCCCGGCUCUGUUCGCUGCUCCCCGCCCGAGACCCUGGCGUCCACGCCAGACAGCGGAUAUAGUUAUGAUUCAAAGAUCAUUAGCGUUCCGUCCCCUUCCUCCUUGUUCAAGCAUGUGGUUCCUAUGAUGCGUUCUGAGAGCAUGGACAUCACUGAGUCUCUUGUCCUGGGGCUUGGCAGGACCAACCCCAUUGCCUUCAGAGAGCUGUUGGAUGAGUUAAAUCCCAUCAUUAAAGAGGCGCUUGAAAGAAGGCCAGAGAACAUGAAGCGACGACGUCGUCGUGAUGUUCUCAGAGUCCAGCUGGUCCGGAUUUUUGAGCUACUGGCCGAUUCUGGGGUCAUCAGUCAGACUGCGAGCAGUGGUCUGGAUGGGGAGUCUCACUCUUUGAACAGCACGCUGCUGGAGUACGUGGAUCUGACCCGGCAGCUUCUGGAAGCCGAGAAUGACAAAGACUCGGACAUGUUAAGAGACAUCCGCUGUCACUUCAGCGCCCUGGUGGCCAACAUCAUUCAGAAUGUACCAGUGCAUCAGAGGAGGAGCAUCUUCCCACAGCAGUCUCUGAGACACAGUCUAUUCAUGCUCUUCAGUCAUUGGGCGGGACCCUUCAGCAUCAUGUUCACACCGCUGGACCGAUACAGCGACCGUAACAUGCAGAUCAACAGACACCAGUACUGUGCGCUGAAGGCCAUGUCUGCAGUGCUGUGUUGUGGUCCGGUGGCCGAUAAUGUUGGUCUGUCUUCUGACGGAUACCUUUACAAGUGGCUGGACAACAUUCUAGACUCCCAAGACCGCAAGGUGCAUCAGUUGGGAUGUGAGGCAGUCAUGCUGUUGUUAGAACUGAACCCAGAUCAGAGCAAUCUGAUGUUCUGGGCGGUGGAUCGCUGCUACACGGGGUCCCGCAGGGUCGCCGCGGGCUGCUUCAGGGCCAUCGCUAAUGUAUUUCACAACAGGGAUUACCAGUUUGACACUGUGGUUCUGCUGAAUCUCAUCCUCUUUAAGGCCGCAGACUCUUCCAGAGAUAUCUACGAGGUCGCCAUGCAGCUGCUACAGAUACUGGAGCCAAAACUCUUCCGUUAUGCCCAUAAACUGGAGAUCCAGCGUGCUGAUGGCGUGUUAUCUCCAGCCUCCCCCCUUCCUCACCUGUACUCUGUGUCCUACUACCAACUCAGCGAAGAACUUGCUAGAACGUACCCCGAGCUCACCCUGCCCAUCUUCUCAGAGGUGAGUCAGAGAAUCCAAACAGCGCACCCUGGUGGUCGGCAGGUGAUGCUGCAUUACCUUCUACCCUGGAUGAACAACGUGGAGCUGGUGGACUUCAAGCCUUCAACUCGGCGUCAAGAGGAGCCGUCGACAACGGAGGAUGAGGAGGAUGCCCACGAGAGAGACAUGAUGAUGGUGAACAGCCGUCGCUGGCUGAGAGGAGAGGGCUGGGGGUCACCGCAUGCUACCACCAUGAUCCUGAAUAACCUCAUGUUCAUGACUGCCAAGUAUGGAGAUGAGUUCGCAUGGUCAGAGAUUGAGAACGUCUGGACUACUUUAGCUGACAGCUGGCCCAAAAAUCUAAAGAUCAUCCUGCACUUCCUCAUCAGCAUGUCUGGAGUCAACAGCGAACCGAGUCUUCUGCCUUACGUGAAGCGUGUGGUUGUGUAUCUGGGCAGGGAUAAGACCAUGCAGUUGCUUGAAGAGUUAAUGAAUGAGCUGGAGUUGACAGAGCCUGUGUGCUCAGCUGUCACUCACAUGGAUAACCCGCCUUACUAUCGCAUCACUUCCUCUUACAAAAUCCCCUCGGUUACAUCAGGAACAACAUCCAGUAGCAACACCAUGGUACCUGGACCUGAUGGACACCACGACAGCAAACUAAAAGAUUCCAACAUGGAGGACAAUUACACUCAUCUGGACAUCUACAGCGGUCUUAACAGUAAUCUGAACAGACAACAUCAUCGGCUGGAGUCCCGUUACAGCAGCAGCUCAGGAGGAUCGUAUGAGGAAGAGAAAAGUGACACUAUGCCUGUUUACGCGAACUGGCGUCUGAAGGUGAUGGAUCAUAACCGGCCCGAGCCCCUCCCAUUUCCCCCUACCGGCGGCUGCUGGUCACCUCUGAUCGAUUACCUGCCCGAGACCACCACGCCUGGAGUCUCCCUGCACAGGUGUAACAUUGCCGUGAUCUUACUCACCGACCUCAUUGUAGACCACGGCGUCAAAGUGGAAUGGAGCUCGUACCUUCACCUGCUUCUGCACUCCAUCUUCAUAGGCUUCGACCACCAGCACCCAGAAGUCUAUGAGCACUGCAAGCGCUUAUUGCUCCACCUGCUGGUCGUCCAGGGAACCAACAGCAGCGUCCAGUCGCUGGCCUCCGUGCUGCUGCGGAACAGAGAGCUUAAUGAGCCCAGAGUCCUGACAGUCAAACCAGCGCUUCAGGAGUUCAACCUCACAGGCACCACAGAGCUAAUGCCUGAAUACCAGCCGUCUCCGACGACAGAUUCUGGCCUGAGCUCCAGCUCUACGUCGUCCAGUAUCAGUCUGGGCUGCUCGGUCCUGCCUCACCUCACCCCCACUCUUCUUAAUGAAGUGGACCUGUCUGCAGAACAGGACGAGAAGGUCAAAAACCUCAUCGAGUUCAUCAGCUCAAGGAAACGAGGUCCACUGUGGAACCACGAAGACGUCUCUCCUAAAAACCCCAAUAUCAAGAGCGCUGAACAACUUAGCGUUUUCCUACGCCAUGUUGUCAAUGUUUUUAAGCAGACGCCGUCCGGUUUUCAGCUGGAACAGAAGUUGAGUGAAGUUGCUUUGCAGACCGCUCUGUCCUGCUCUUCACGGCACUACGCCGGUCGCUCUUUCCAGAUCUUCAGAGCGCUGAAACAGCCCCUCACAGCCUCCACGCUGUCAGAUGUGCUAUCUCGUCUGGUUGAGACUGUGGGAGAUCCAGGAGAAGAGGCUCAGGGUUUUGUUAUUGAGUUGCUUUUGACUCUAGAGGCUGGUAUAGACACACUGGCUGAAACCAUGAAAAAUUACGACUUGCUUACUGCACUCUCACAGGCCUCCCAUGAUCCUCUGCAUGGCACCAAGUUUGCCAAUAACAGGAAGAGUACCGGCCAGCUGAAUCUCAGCAGCGGAAGUUUCUUGCACGGCAACUACAGCCACACUCGCAGCAACUCUCUCCGGGCCUCGGAACGCCUCGGAGACCGGCGCCGUAGCAACACCCUUGAUGUGGCCGACCGUCUGGGCGGCAGCCACGGCAACCUAGCCCGUACGCGGAGCUUAUCGUCGUUAAGAGAGGAUGGGGGGCGUGGAGCUGGAGGAGGUGGUGGAGCCGGGUCUGGUGAGGUGGUGCCACCCACCGACCCCACCAACCUGCUGGCGACGGUGUUCUGGAUCGCCACGUCGCUUUUGGAGUCCGAUUAUGAGUUUGAGUACCUGCUGGCUCUCAAGCUGUUAAACCGACUCCUGGCCCAGAUGCCCCUGGAGAAGGCCGACAGCAGGGAGAAGCUAGAGAGGGUUCAGGCCAAGCUGAAGUGGUACAACUUCCCCGGGCUGCUCACGCUUUUCCUGAAGGGCUUUACUUCAGCUGCAACACAGGAGCUCACUAUUCAUCUCCUCAGUAAACUCAUAACGGUGUCUCGACACACGCUUAUAGACCCUGCACAGGUAGCAGGUUUUCCUCUGAAUAUCUUGUGCCUGCUGCCACACCUGGUCCAGCACUUUGACAACCCCACAGUGUUCUGUAAGGAGACCGCCGACCGCAUCGCCAAAGUGUGCGCCGAGGAAAAGUCGGCGACGCUGGCCAACCUGGCACACAUGAUGAGCCUAUACUCCACGCACAGCUACUCACGAGACAGCACCAACUGGAUCAACGUGGUGUGCCGCUACCUGCACGACUCGUUCUCUGAAAUCACUUUUAACCUGGUUACUUACCUCGCUGAGUUGCUGGAGAAGGGUCUCAACAGCAUGCAGCAGUCUUUACUGCAGAUCAUCUACAGUCUGCUUAGUCACAUCGAUCUGUCUGCAGCACCGGUCAAACAGUUCAACCUGGAAAUCAUGAAGAUUAUAGGCAAAUAUGUUCAGAGCCCGAAUUGGAAAGAGGCCCAGAACAUUCUGAAAUUGGUCGUGUCUCGAUCAGCCAGUCUGGUGGUUCCAGAUGAAGUGCAGCGCUCCUAUAGCACCGAGUCGACUGGCUCGCCGGAGAUCGCGUUCACUCGCAUUUUUAACAAUGCAUCUAAAGAGCUGCCAGGAAAAACGCUGGACUUCCACUUUGACAUCUCAGAGACACCUAUCAUAGGUCACAAGUAUGGCGACCAGCGAACUGCAGCAGGGCGUAAUGGGAAACCGCAGGUCAUUGCUGUGACAAGAAGCACCUCUUCGACUUCCUCGGGGUCCAACUCCAACGGCCUUGUGCCAGUCAGCUGGAAGAGACCUCAGCUUUCACAAAGGAGAACCCGUGAGAAACUGAUGAAUGUCUUGUCUCUGUGCGGCCCUGACACCGGCUUGCCCAAAAACCCCUCUGUGAUAUUCUCCUCAAACGAGGAUUUGGAUGCAGGUGACCAGCAGACCAGCCUGAUCCCCACUGUAGAGGAAGUGACACGGGAGGAGGAGGCACAAGCGGAAGAUGCAGGAAGUGAACAGCAGUUUGGUGUCUUUAAGGACUUUGACUUCUUGGAUGUGGAGUUGGAGGAUACGGAGGGGGAGAGCAUGGACAACUUUAACUGGGGUGUGCGACGCCGUUCUCUGGAAAGCAUUGAUAAAGGUGACACCCCAUCGCUGCAGGACUGUCAGUACUCCGGCAGCACGCCCAGCCUCAUCCAACCAGAGGACACAGAUGAAUCAUCAGAGGAGGAGGUACUGAGCGCUAGCCAGAUUCUCAACCGCUCCAAUCUCCUGAACAGCGACUCUGCUACCGAUGACGCCAUAUCCAAUCACAUGGACUCCCUACUGCAGUCCCAAGAGUCUUCCAAUUGUGUCCUGACAGAAGAGGCCACACCCACUCUGCCACUACCCCGCUCAGACAGCCCCACCCCUGAGACCGCCCACUCUGACAGCAAUAGCAGCCAGCUGCCUGAGGAUGCCAGUGUAACUGCCGUCGAUGAAAUAAGCAGCAGUGUCAGCGAGGAUACGGGGUUUGGGAGUGCCCCUCCCUUGCCCUCGGACCCCUCUGAGUUUUGUGACUUACCUGACUCUCAGGACCCCACCGACGACCUGGAUCCUGCCCCCCCUCCGCCGCCAGCAGAGGACAGCCCGCCUGGAUCCCUCUUUGAGGAAGAGCCGGCACUGCCGCCACCUGUCAUAGACUCUGCACUGGGGUCCAUGUGCGAUGAUGAGACAAGCCUUGUGCUGCCCGAUCAGGACUCGGCCCUGGUUUUGGUAUGUGAGGAGGAUGUGACGCUGGCUUUGAAAGAGCUUGAUGAACGAUGUAAGGAAGAAGAAGCGGAUUUUUCCAGCAUGUCCAGUCAAGAUGAGGCUGAUGCCGAUGGUUUUCCUGAACUCCAGGCCUCUCCACCUCCAUCGCCCUUUCUCUCGGCUAUUCUGGCUGCGUUCCAGCCCGUAGCUUAUGACGAUGAGGAGGACGCUUGGCGUUGCCAUGUCAACCAGAUGUUGUCAGACUCGGAUGGGUCUAGUGCUGUGUACACGUUCCACGUGUUCUCACGACUCUUCAAGCACAUCCAGAGCAAAUUUGACUCGAUUACACACACCUCGGUGCGCUUCCUCGGUGAGGGACUCCAGAGAAUGGGAAACCAGUUUCUGAGCUCUCUAGAGGUCAUGACCUCUUGCUCCCAGUGCCCUACAGUUCUAUUGGAUGCUGAAACUCUGGUUUCCUGUGGGCUUUUGGAAACACUGAAGUUCAGUGUGUUGGAGUUACAGGAGCAUCUCGACACCUACAACAGCAAGAGAGAAGCAGCUGAACAGUGGUUGAAUAACUGCAGAAAGACGUUUGGUGAUAAAGACAGCGAGCAGCGACCCAACAGUCAAGCUCAGCACAUGGAAAUGCUAGCAGAACUGGAGUUGUGUAGAAGAUUGUAUAAGCUUCACUUCCAGCUCCUGCUGCUCUUUCAGGCCUACUGUAAACUCAUCAGCAAGGUGGACACCAUGAAGAGAGAGGCCGAAGUGACUAACAUGUCAGACGAGCUGGCCAUAUUAGAAAGCUGUCUGAAGGAGGCGGAGUCGGUCGGUGAUGGACUGGGGGUAGUGGCAGAGUUUGAAUGCGACCAAUCAAGCACAGAGACAGCAAUCCACUCACUCAUUGAAAGUCUUAGAGCUCGUGAAUUUAGCACAGCCAUCGCCCAAGUUAAAGCUUUCAGGUGCCUGUGGCCCAAUGACAUAUUCGGCAGUGAGAAGGAUGAUGCCGUGCAGACCCUGCUUCACAUUUACUUCAGGCACCAGACUCUGGGUCAGACGGGCUGUUUGGCCUUGGUGGGACCCAGCAGGGAUCUUUCUCAGGCCAGCGCACGCCUCAUGGAGCUCAACCUUCAGAUCCGCGAAGCUCUCUGCCAAGCUCAGACGCACCCACAACAGACACACAUUCUCUCCCCGACUCCCGCACUACACAUCCAGACACAAAUCGACACGCAGGACACGGUCCUCAGUACCGGACUGUGAGAGUUUCAACAGGUCCAUACUGGGAGCUGGAGAGCAAGAAGUGAACUCUCUUCCUUGGCUCAGAAAGCGAAGGGCGCUAAAGGUGUGUGAGGAGUUUGGAGAUUCAUUUAGACUUCACCUCAAAGGGCUAAAGAAUGUGUGGAUAUUAGUUACCCAAAACUUUAUGAACACGCACGUCCCUCAUUUUCCACUCACUCCCAUCCCCUUAAGUCUCCAAAAUAAUUUAAAUUCUCCAAAUGUAUGCUGCAGUCACGUGAAAAGGAUGGAUUGGACGAGAACCAUAUGAGGGACACCGGGCGAUAAUGAUGCUAAAUUUGAAGCGGUUUGGCGGAAUGACCUAUGACCUCUGGGCGGUGGUUUCCUUGGAACGAUCAGCAUCCAUCUGCCUCACUUUGCACUGGGGCAGAUAUGGAGUUUGUUGACUGGGAAAGUUUGUGUAUAGUCCGAGUAUCGUGGCGGAUCGGCGAUGAUUCAUCUCCCUGUGCUCAUUGUCCGUCACGAAGACAACGUUUUCAAAAGCAUGCUUGAAAGAGAAAAGCCUGCAGCAAAUAUUUUUUUGAGAAAUGUAUUUUUUAACAGUCUUAGGUUGUAAAUGUUAGAAUAUUUAACAUGUAAGCUGGGAAGGGGUGGGUCUGUACCUUCUGUAUAAAGAGAGGUUUAUCUGUUUAACUUUAUUGAUCUGCGUUUGGGAGAACUUUCAGCUUUCACCGGGUCGCUCUUACAAAACCCUUAAUCUAUAACCAAAUAAGUAGCUGCCUGUAGAAAACCAUAGACUCUUGUGUAAGUGUGUGAGCAGAAGCGUGGGUGUGUGUGCGAGUGUGUGCCAUGGACUGAUAUUUGCACACCCGUUCUCUCAUAAAUGCACGUUAACAAUUCGUUGAAGUGCAAACUGGCUGCAACUCAUGGAAAUAUCAAUAACUUAUUUUACUCUGUAUAUAUUUUAGAAAAAUGUAUAGUGUAAAAGCAGUAUUUUUCCCUUGUACAUUUGUGUAAUGCACUGUUCAAUCAGAGAGAGAGCUCAUUAGAGGGCAAAAACUAAUGCAAAAAAAAAGAAAGCUGAAUAGCCGUUGGAUGUAAGUCUCAGACUUUAUAGUAAUAAUAUAUGCCACCUUAACCUUCAAUAUUUCCCAAUGAAUGAGCAUGGCUGAGGUCAGAGGUCGGUCAUCUGUUCUUACCUGUCUGACGGUUUCCUUUGCGCUCAGCCGAGCUUUUCCAUAUGCAUUCCUUAAAACCCACUGUGAUCUCCGUGUUGGCUUUAAGUCCCCCGCCGUGGGUAAACUGGGGCCGGUGUUUGUCCAUGUUGGCUCUGUCUUAUCCCUAGACUCAGGGCUGCACUGAGGGUUUGUGAGUCGGAGCAACGUUAAACGCAAACGUGGGGGGGGUCAUUUAAUUUGUCGUGGCACAUUGAGAAAUAAAACAUUCACUGUAUUCAUUCCUCUCAGAGAGCUCUUCCGUCGCUUGUUUGGUACAUUUUGAAUGCUGUUCUUAAUUAUUUAAUGGAUAUCUUAUUUACCUAGAAAAAAUAUUUUAUUUUUAUCUAGAAGUGCAUUCUCUUUUUCCCCUUUCCCUCUUUUUUCCCCCGUUUCUUUUUGGUUUGUCUGUCAUCUGAUUUGCCUGCUUUUUCCCUGUGCUGUUAAAUAAAAACCUGAUAAGCAACA